UAGCAUAUUUAUUUAUAAACCAGCUGUUUUUAAAAUCUAAAUAUGAAAUGAAAAUAUUGAUCUUAAUAACAAGCGAUAGAUGUUUUUCCAAACAAAAGGAAGAUAUUGUAGGCCCGUUACUCAAGGAGAAAUUAUCUACAAAAUUCUCAAAUGCUAUUAUUAAUUUAGAUGUAUGUCCAGAUGAUUAUUAUACCAUACAAAAUAUAUUGUGUACAAAUUCAGAUUUAAAUGAUGGUUGUAAUAUGAUUAUCACAUCUGGAGGAACAGGAUUUACACCACGAGAUGUAACUUCAGAGGCAACUAAACAAAUUCUUCAUAAAGAGGCACCUGGCCUAACAUUAUUAAUGAUGAUGAAAUCCAUAAAUAUAACCCCAUAUGCUUCUCUAUCUCGUGCAUGUUGUGGUAUCAGAUAUAGUACUUUGAUUAUUAAUUUGCCAGGAAGUUGUAAAGGUGCUCUUGAAAAUUUAGACAAUGUUUUACCAAUUUUAGACCAUGCAAUUAAUUUGAUUAGCAAUAUUCAAAAAGACAAACAUUUUGAUAGCCAAAAUAUCAAAAUAUUUAAUAUUAUAACGAAGGAUUCUGUAAAUAACCUAGUGAUACCAAAAUUAGAAUCUGAUAUAAAUUGUCUUCGAAAGUCCAAAUAUCCAUUAUUAUCAGAAGAGAGAGCUCUAUCUAUAAUUUUAAAUGAAACACUUAUAUUAGGUGCUAGUCGAAAUAUCAAUAUUUUACUAUGCCAUGCAAAUGAUACCCAUUUGUUUAAUUAUAAUACAUUAUAUUCAAAAUUAAAUAUACCUUCAUAUUUGACCUCUUUAAAAGAUGGCUAUGCGAUUAGUUGUAAUCAAUCUAAAAAAUAUACAAACUAUAAUGUUAUUUACAAAGAAGAAGAUAUUAGCUCAGCGGGCAAAUAUUAUGCCUUGAAAUUAUCAACUGGAUCUAUAGUUCCAUCAUGGGCAUAUUGUGUUACUCAGAUUGAGAAUACAAAAUUAAUUGAAUGCACAGCACAAGGCAAAGAAAUGACUCUAACUUUAUUAAAUGAUCUAUCACCUAAUCAAGACAUACGUCAAAUCGGUUCAGAUAUAAGUAUAGGAGAUAAACUUAUAGAACAAGGUGACAAAUUAACGCCUCAGAUGAGGGGCCUUUUAUGCUCCGUUGGAAUCACUGAGGUAACCGCUUACGAUAAACCUAAAGUAGCUAUCAUUUCAACUGGCGACGAAGUUGUUGAGCCCAAUACUCUUGAAAUUAUGCCAGGACAAGUUAGGGAUAGUAACCGUGUUAUGCUAGCCUCCUUAUUAUCGAAAUAUAAUUUUGAAUUCGUCGAUUUGGGUAUAACGAAAGAUGACCUAGACAUAAUUACCCAAACGUUUAAAGAAGCUUGUAGUCAGGCUGAUGUUAUCAUCACUUCUGGAGGCGUAUCCAUGGGGGAUAAAGAUUAUGUUAAACAAGUUAUAAAUUACCUGGGAGGUACCAUUCACUUCGGGCGAGUGAAUCUUAAGCCAGGAAUGCCUACAGUUUUUGCUACCCUACCUUCUCAAUUCCCGACCAAGAAAUAUUUUAAAGAAAAUAAUUAUGAAAAUGAUAACAAAAGCUCUAGCAAUAAUAAUGAUUUUGAAAAUCGAAAUGGGAACAAUUAUGAAAGCGCUGGAAACACUAAAAAAUUAAUCUUUUCACUUCCGGGAAACCCCGUUUCAACAUUCGUCAUGUUUCACAUUUUCGUGCUUCCGACUCUGCAUAAAAUGGCCGGGGACAAGAAUUUUAGGAAAUGUUUACCUACGUUUAAGGCCAAACUAGGAGAAAAUCUUGCUUUAGAUACACGGCCAGAAUACAAACGAGGUUAUAUUGUCAACGCAGCAAGUUUUAUGUGCCAUUUUGAUUCAAACUUACCUAUAGUUAAAAGUACUGGAUCAAAUCAAAUGAGUUCAAAUUUAAAAAGUUUUUACGGAGCGAAUUGUCUCAUCACAUGUCCUAUGAAAUCGGAAGAAAGGCAACUUUUAUACGAAAAUGAAAUUGUCGAAAUUAUUUAUAUUGGAUAAUUUCAUUUAUACAACUUCCUUACACAAAAUUUGGUGCUAAUUUUUUUUAUUUAUAGAAAAUAACAAUUAUUGUUAAAUGCAAAAUUAUAAUA